AUGGAUUAUGAAGGAAUAGAUAUUACGACCCCCGCACAGGAAGCCUUUUUAAUGAAGGAUAUGAGCCAACAAAGUAAGGUUGAGCCGCCACGCAAGACCAAGCCACCUAGUUCUAGCUCUAAUUCCAAGAAGACUGAAUCGCGACCAUAUAGUAGUAGGGGUAAAGAUACGCGACUGAAGAGAGGGUCUAAGAUUGGGAUGGAACCCACUCAUAUGGCUACAAACUCGGCGUUGAAUUUAAGGACACCGAAGAAAACGGGGAGACAUUCCAAAUCGGUGGAUAGCAUUGAGCCUAUGAAGGGGAUACAUCAUUUCCAUGGGUCCCCGGAUAAUAAUAAUACCAAUAAUAAUAGCAAGACGGAGAGUGAUACGAAUGUCGACAGGGUAUGGUCGGAUAUAGAUACAUUAGACGACGUUAAGAAGAUGGCGCUUGAAGACAAGACGGAUGGGUUCCCGCUGGACUUUGAGUCCCGAUUGACACAAGUACGUCGGUCUAAUGUGGACCUGCUAGUGGCGAUGCGAUCGAGAAAUGAGCGGUUAGCCAAGGAAUACGAGGUGCGAAUGGACGCAGGUGCAGGUUCCACACACAAAUGUUCCGGGGAGCACCACCCUGAGGGUAAACCCCAGGCAGAUACUACUAACAACGAGGAUGGAGGGAGCCCAUCAAGUCUUGGGCGGGAGUACUCAGGGCAGUUCACCGCUAUGUGUGGGAACAGAGACGCUGUCAUCAACCACGAGGAGGAGCGGUACGUGGAGACGAUGGUGGACAUUGUCAAGCGUUUGCGCUGA